GGCGGGAUGCGGUGUCCCGGCGUGUCCCUGUGGGCGCUGCUGUGCCUGGCGGUGGCGGUGGCCGGGGGUCGCCCCGUGCGGCUCGAGAGGGUCCGAGCGGACGCGCGGGCCCUGACCCGGACCCUCAGCACGCGCCUGCAGCAGCUCCAGCUGUUCCCGCUGACCCUGCGCAUCACCGGCCUGGAGGGGGUCCCGGAGGGGGGGCCCCCGGACGGGGGGGUCCCCCCGGGGCUGGGCUGGGCCGCCCAGCGCCUCCAGCUCUUCCAGCGGCUCCUGGCGGCCCUGCCCGGGGGCGACCUGCGCCUGGCCCAGGUGGCCAACGACCUGGAGAACCUGCGCAGCCUGCUGGCCGUGCUGGGGGCCCUGCUGGGCUGCCCCGCGCCCCGCGACCCCCCCGCGGCGCCCCCGGCCCCGCUGGCCGAGGCUCCGCACACGGUGGCCGGGGUGGCCCUGGCGCGGCUCCGGGGCUGCCUGGACGGGGUCGCCGCCCGCCUCGAGGGGGUCCCCGCGUGUUAGGGACCCUCGGGACCCCAGGGACCCCCCAGGAACCCCCGGCCCACAGGGACACGGCCAGGACCUGACCGGGUCUCAUCAGGACCCCACAGACAGGACCAGGAGCUCACUUGGGGACACCACGAGUGGCCCCGGGCACCGGAGCGACUCCAGCUGCUGCCAGCACCUUUUUCUACAACAUUACUGUUACCAUUUUAUUAUUACUGUUACGGUUAUUAUUAAUUUAUUUAAUUUAAAGCUCCUUUUCCAGCA